AUGAAGCUCCGGAAGCUGCUCUGCCUCGUGGUGUUUCUGUGGUUCCUAGCAGGAACCCCGGAGAUGGCUUCCGGCGAGAGGGAGGGAAACCCGCCGGCGACAAACACCCGGCGGCGCGCACUCGCCGGAGUGAAGCGUGGGGCGGCGGCGCCGUCGCUCCACCUCGUCCGGGCCAGCAAGCGGAGGGUCCGGAGAGGAUCCGACCCCAUCCACAACAAAUGCUGA